AUAAUGUCUAAGAAUUUCUAAAAAAAAAAAAUCAUAAAAUUAAACCAUGAAAGAAAGAAAAAGAAACAGAAAUGCAGCUCACAUAUUAAGCAGACAUUGAAGUUUAUUUUGUAUUCACAAUAUAAGGCGAAAAAUCUAAAGAAAGUGAACUUUCCGAUUUUACAAACCAUGUGGAAUUAUGGAUGAGAGAUAGUGUAGUGUAUAUUAUGGAAUUUUUGUCAAUUUCCUAAAAAUGAUUAAAUUUACGAAAAAAAACGCUCUAAAGUCCUGUAUGUAACGUAUGAUCCAUAACUUUUGCAAGAACUUCACGUCGAACGAACAAAGUAAUUUUUGCGUACAUCCACGAAGGAAUGAAUAUGAAUGGACGUACCGUUCAAAUGGUGCACAAGCUAUCGAUUGAAAAGAAUGAGAGAGACCAAACUGCUGGUACAGCACAACAAUACAAAGUCUGGAAACCAGCGAGUAAAAGCAUCAGCAAGAUAUUGAAAAUUGAUCACUAUGGAUCCUGCAAAUAUACCAGAGAGCGGGGAGAGUAAAAUCAACGAGGCACGAAGUGAAGAUAUUAAUGAUGAAAUAAUUGUUGAAGAACUUAAGAAUUAUUGCGUAGAUCGAUCGCGUUCGGCAGAAGAUAUAGAAAUAUUUCUUGAUAAUUAUGAAAAAUCACCAAACGAACAGCAAUGUCUACAACAAGAGCACAAACAAUUGGCUAUUCCCACAGAUCAGUGUCUAUCUAGCGAUCAUGACCUCGCUGCCGGAUAUGAAACUUUGCUAGGCGUAACCAAUCAUGUGGAAACUUUAAUAGAAGAAAUUCAAGAGCAGGCAAUGAAAAAUAAGCAUCUAAACGAUCUGCAAAGAAGAUAUGAGGAUUUAUUUAAUCAAAAGAUUGCCUUACAUGUGGAAAGAGAUAUUAAAUGUAAUGAAGAACAAAAUCUUAAAACAAAUACUGCGAACGAUGAAGUUGGAAAUUUUCAGGCUUAUCCAAAAAAAAAUGUUGAAAAAAUAGAAGAGAAUGAUGAUAAGUGUUUAAAACCAGGGGAAACUGGGUUCGAAGAACAACGCAACCUAUUAAAAGUACAGGUUGAAGAAGAAGUAAAACAUAAAAUACUCGAGUUGGAUGAAAACCAUUGUGAAUUAGAAUCGAAAUAUAAUGAAGAGAAGAAAAUUUUGGAACAAGAAAGUACAAAACAAUUCAGUGACAUAUCAUUUAGUGAAGAUGAUGAGAAUUUGUAUUCACAGAGAAGCGAGCUUAGGCGUCAACUUAACGAAGAAGGCAACCAAGAAUUUGAAGAGAGCAACUUAUUUAAAGUAUUCUGCUUAGUGGCGCAGGAACGAGAUGAAUUAAAACAGAAACUUUCUGAUUCAAGUACAGAAAAUGAUUUAAUGACACAAGAUCUAGAAAAAAAAUUAAGUGAGGCAACUGAAGAAUUCCGCUUAGUGGUGCAGGAGAGAAAUGAAUUAGACGAGAAACUCUCUGAUUUAAGCGAAGAAAAUGAUUUAAAGGCACAUGAUCUGGAAACAAAGUUAAGCAAGAUCACUGAAGAACUCCGCUUAGUGGCGCAGGAACGAGAUGAAUUAAAAGAGAAACUUUGUGAUUUAAGCGUAGAAAAUGAAAACCUGCAAGAUCGUAACAAUUACCUAAAUUGUAGGCAACAAAAUGAAGAGACUUUAUUAAGAAAUAAAAUUAAGCGACUUAAUGAUAAUUUGCAAGAAGUACGGUCUAAGGUUAAUCAAAACGUCAGGGAAUUGGAACAGUAUAGGAAUAUGAAAGAAAAUGAGGUGAAGAAUUUAAAACAAAAUAUUGAAAAUCUCUCUGCAAAUAUGAUUGCGUUAGGUACACAUGAUCUGGAAGCAAAGCUCAGUAAGACAACUGAAGAAUUCCGCCUAGUGGCGCAAGAAAGAGAUGUAUUAAAACAAAAACUUUGCGAUUUAAGUGCAAAAAAUGAUUUAAAGGUACGUGACCUAGAAGCAAAGUUAAGUGCGACAGCUGAAGAAUUUCGCUUAGUGGCGCAGAAGAGAGAUGAAUUGAAACAGAAACUGUGGGAUUUAAGUGAAGAAAAUGAUUUAAAAGCACAUGAACUGCAAGCAAAGUUAAGUGAGGCAACUGACAAAUUCCGCCUAAUGGAGCAAGAAAGGGAUGAAUUGAAACAGAAACUUUGUGAUUUAAGUGAAGAAAAUGAUUUAAAGGUACAUGACCUAGAAGCAAAGUUAAGUGCGACAGCUGAAGAAUUUCGCUUAGUGGCGCAGAAGAGGGAUGAAUUGAAACAGAAACUUUGUGAUUUAAGUGAAGAAAAUGAAAAGCUGCGCGAUCGUAACAUUUAUCUAAAUGGAUAUAAUUGUAGGCAACAAAAUCAAGAGACUUUAUUAAGAAAUAAAAUUUGUCUAAUUAGUGACAAUUUACAACAGGUACAGUCUAAGCUUGACGAAAACAUCAAGGAAUUAGAACAGUAUAGGAAUUUGAAAGAAAGUGAGGUGAAGAGUUUAAAGCAAAAUAUUGCAAAUCUCUCUGCAAAUAUGAUUACAUUAGGUGUAGAGAAGGGAAGCUUGCAAUCACAGAAAAGUGAAUUGAAAGAUCAGUUAAGUGAUAUUAUCAUAAAAUUUAAUUUCAUGAGUGAAGAGUGCCAGAAAUUGGAAGAUUACAAGUGUAAACAGGACAAAGAGCAAGGUGUGUUAAAAGAACAAAUUCAAAACCUACGUGAAGAAAAAGAAAAGCUACGUGAAUAUCCGUGUCAGCUUGAAAAUCUAAAUCGUCAACAUUCUACACUGAAAGAAAAACUUAGGGAAUUAGAAGAAAAAUCUCUAGAAGAGGCGAGCAUGUUAAAGGAACGGUUUAAAUCUCUUCAGCAAGAAAAAUAUGCCAUAGAGAAGAAGUUCUUUAAACGUUUACAAAAUGAACAGGAUAGAUAUCGGAAACAAUUAAAACUUUGCAACCAAAGAUACUGCUAUCAAAUGAUGAAAGCUGAAAGAUCUAUCGCGGCUGCAAUGCAAUUUAUCAAAAUGCACUCAACGACAGCGGAAUGGAGUGCUCCGGUCACUGAGAUAAUUAAGUUUUUGGAAGCAAGAGCAAUGCAAAUAGUUAAACCCGAGGAUUUAAUUAAUAUGCAAACUGAUAGAGAUUUUAAUGUCCAUUUACAACGUUUGGAAGUAAAAUGCAAUGAAUUGAAAACUAUAUGUCAUCUACAUUACGAAGGAAGAAAAGAGAAAGGCAGAAAGAAAAAUUUAAUAAAAAACGAGAUAUCCGAUUACGAUUCAGGCGAUCAAAAUGUAUCAAAGGCGGAUCAAAUACGAUCAUUAAAGGAACAAUGUAAGGCUUUGAAUAAGGAGUUGAAAUUUGUCAAAACAAAAUAUCAAAUUACCAGAGUUGCAAUGCAAAAUGCCCAUUAAAAACUUUUG